AUGGCUUCCGAAGGCACUUCGUGGGACGAUGAUGGAUUUGCGGCUGCCGAAGGCGCUCAUACUCAGCAUAGCGACGAACAAGUUGAUAACUUUGCUCAAGACUCUCAUGUGUCAGGUGAAUCAGCGGAUAAUGGAACAGAGGAUGGAGGGGAUUAUGACCCAGAAUAUGUCCCCGUUGAAACAGUUCUCCCAGACCCUCCUGUCCCUGAAGACGCCGCUUCCGCUGCCCCCGCUGUCCUUUCUCAACGUCCAACACCCAAACCAAAAAUGUCUGGUGGCUUCUUAGUGGAAGCCUCCGAUGACGAAGAAGACGACGAGGGAGACAACUCAGGCCUGGCCGAGCCCUCGGUAUCGCAGAGCCAAGUUGGUCAGCCCACUGAGAUUAAGGCCAAUGUUCCAGUUCCUCCUGCUCCCACUAAUGUUCCAUCCAACGUGACUGCAACGCCUAUGGCUAGCCUUGACCCGGUAACGUUAUUCGAGGCUCGCAUUAAAGAGGACCCUCGGGGGGAUAUGGAUGCUUGGGUGAAUCUUAUUGCCGAACAUAGGCGCAACAACAGACUGGACGAUGUUCGCAAGAUUUAUAACCAGUUUUUGGAGAACUUUCCCCAAUCGGCGGACAUGUGGGUAGAAUGGAUCGAGUUGGAGCUCGGCAUGGACAAUUUCGUCAAUGCCGAGCAGCUGUUCGGACGAUGCUUGAUGACCGUUCCGAACGUCAAGCUCUGGACCGUUUAUCUCAACUACAUUCGCCGUCGAAACGACCUCAAUAAUGAUUCGAACGGGCAGGCCAGGAGAACUGUAACCCAAUCGUAUGAGUUUGUAAUCGAUAACAUUGGCGUUGACCGGGACUCGGGGAAUAUCUGGCAGGAUUACGUCCAGUUUAUCAAAAGCGGCCCCGGACAGAUUGGAGGUACUGGUUGGCAAGACCAACAAAAGAUGGAUCAGCUGCGUAAAGCGUACCAUCGUGCAAUCAACGUACCCAUGUCGACGGUGAACAACCUGUGGAAAGAUUACGAUCAGUUCGAAAUGGCGCUCAAUAAAGUCACGGGACGCAAGUUUAUCCAGGAGCGAUCUCCCGGUUACAUGUCUGCGAAGAGUGGCAAUAUUGCCUUGGACAAUAUCACGCGGGGUUUGAAGCGUUCAAACCUCCCCAGAUUGCCACCAGCGCCUGGUUUUGAAGGUGAUCAAGAAUUUCGCGAUCAAGUUGCGUUGUGGAAGAAGUGGAUCGAGUGGGAGAAGGAAGAUCCGCUUGUGCUCAAGGCAGACGAGCCCAAGGUCUUUGCACAGCGAGUCCUGUAUUGCUACAAGCAGGCAUUGAUGGCUUUGCGCUUCUGGCCCGAACUUUGGGUCGAUGCGGCAGAAUGGUGUUUUCAGAACGAUGCAGGAGACGUUGACAAAGAAAUGGGUGCCGAGUUUUUGGUACAAGGCAUUGCUGCGAACCCUGAGAGCGUUUUACUAGCUCUGAAGCAUGCAGACUACAUUGAGUCCACGUCCCCACUGCGAGAAGGAGACAAAUCCGAGUUUGCCAAAGCUGUUCGGAAGCCUUAUGAUGAUGUCUUGAAUACGUUGUAUGCAAUGGGAGACAAGGCGAAAGAGCGUGAAAAGCUGGAAAUUUCCACUCUCCGGCAAGCGGCUGCGCAGGAGGCGCCUGUACAGCAGUCAAUCGAGCAAAACUACGAUGAUGAUCACGAAGAAGGGAUGCAACAGAAGGUAUCUACUGAGGAGCGUAUUGCCGUAAUCCAGAAAGGUUACGCCGCCGAGACCAACCUUCUCUCCCGCAUCAUUUCAUAUGUGUGGGUUGCCUUGGCAAGGGCAAUCCGCCGUAUCCAAGGCAAAGGCAAUCAAACAGAUGGCGGAUUGCGCAAAGUCUUCACUGAUGCACGACAAAAGGGGCGUCUGACCAGCGACGUAUAUGUUGCUGUUGCUUUGCUGGAAUCCGUAGUUUACAAAGAUACAGUUGGCGCCAAGAUUUUCGAGCGCGGAGCUCGCCUAUUUCCAAAUGAUGAAGGCUUCAUUGUCGAAUACUUGAAGUUUUUGCAUUCCAAGGACGAUACUACGAAUGCUCGAGUAGUUUUCGAGACUUGCGUUAACCGCCUUGUCGCCAACCCAGAGACACUUCACAAGGCGAAGCUUCUAUACGCAUAUUUCCAUAAAUACGAAUCUCAAUACGGCGAACUAUCUCAGAUCCACAAGAUCGAAGCGAGAAUGGCGGAGUUGUUCCCCGAGGACCCCAAACUCAACAUCUUUGCCGCCCGCUACUCGACUGACAAGUUCGACCCCGUCGUCGCCCCAGUCAUUAUUUCCAAGGCUGCACAAAUGCGGCCAAAGUUUGCCGCCCUCGUCACUGAGAAACCUGCAUCAACACGCAACAGCUUUCCCCCGCAGCGAGAGCUGAGCCCGCGGCCGCAGUAUGUCAGAGCUACUGCUUCUCCGAAGCGCCCCCUGGGUCCAGAUGACGAAGAGCUCAACCCCCCAAAGAGGCUCGCCAGAGGAUCAUCCCCUCUCAAAGGGGCGGCUGGCCGACGGCUCGACCAGCAGCGCCGCAACCAGUCAUCGGCCCUUCAUCGUGAUAUUACGUUCCUCUUGGGGAUUCUCCCUCCUGCCCAUACCUAUGACUCGCAACGACUCAGUGCAGCCAACAUGGUUUCUCUCCUACGCGAUACGCCGCUUCCAGACUACGGAACUUGGAAGGCACAAACCGGGGGACAAUACCGCUUUACCGCUCCAGUACACGGGCGACAGCCUUCAGGAGACUUUCCAAGGCCGAUCAGCCCGUAUGGCCGAAUUGCACCUGCAUCCAAUGUCUAUAGACAGUCGCCUCUAAGGACAGAGACCGGCGGCGCGUUCCCAACGAUUCCCUACGGGGCGACCGACGCAAGUGGAACUCCAACCCAAUGGCCUCCCGCGCCGCCACCAUCUGGAUUCGGCGCACCAGCUCCAGGCCAGUUUGGAGGGUAUCGCUUUCAGUAG